AUGUCCGACACCUGUAUUGUGUGCUUAGGAGACCUUGGCGAAAGCGCCAGCGAUCCUCUGGCCGUCGCCGCCGAGGCCGCGCCAAGACCUGACCUUCAAGACGCUGAUGGCCUACCCACGGGCUCUGCUAGCAAGCCUGAGGGCGUCGAUGGUACGGAGGACGCAGGUCAGAUCGCCCAGCUACUGCCUUGUGGUCAUAUCUUACACAAUAACUGUCUGAAGCCCUGGGUGGAAAGAGCCAACAGUUGUCCAAUAUGUCGUCGUAGCUUCAAUCUGGUGGAGCUGAGCGACCGAAUCGGAGGCCCUGUUCUCUCAUCAUACGCCGUCCAAGACCGGGUACAGGUGGCCGACGUCGAUCCGUCGAUGGUGAUCGACUAUGUCGAUGACGACUUUACCGAUUUCCAACCUUGUCCCGUUUGCGGUGAUUCCGAUAAUGAAGAACUACUCCUCCUCUGUGACGGGUGUGACGCCCCGUCCCAUACCUACUGUGUCGGGCUGGACGGGGUCCCCUCGGGGCCUUGGUACUGCGCCCGAUGUGAAACCCAACGUGCGUUGGGUCCGUCCCCUGACACAGAAGACCGACCGGCACGCACUCAGGAACGACGGGGCCGUCGAACCAGAGCUCAACAGCGGAGAGCCCAAAACCGAAACCAGAUGAAUUCUCUUCAUUGGGCGCGGGUCUGGCAGUCUGUCUGGGAUCACCUCAAUCUCGACCUGGAUUUUCCGUUUGAUGACGACAGAGCCAUAGAGCGCGCUCGUCAGCAACAACGACGGGAGGCGGCGAAUCAGCGCGAAUUCCGGGCUUGGCAGCGUCGGUUCGAAGUCGCUGAACGACAAGGCGGCAGCAAUCGAUUUCGAGACACGGCUGCGCUAUUGGAUAUUGAAGCCCCAAGGCCUUCACGACCUCGCGUGCCUCGGGAGCCAACCCCGGAGCCAGAAUCUCUGGAGGAGAUGAGAGCCUGGAACGCUUUUGAACGAGCUCGCGAGAUUGAAAAUGACCCCAGUGCUGCCCGCAAGAGAAAGGAGCCGACUUUAUCCCCUUCGCCGGAGCCUACCGAACCGCAGCGGAAAUUGAAACGUCCGCGAACUCGCAGGGCUCAGGACCUGGCCGCACUGGCCUUGCAGAACGGCGAGUCUUCGAGGGCCGCGAGCGCACAAGCGUCCGCCCGGAUCAACGCGGAAAGUUCGACGGAGCCAAGUUUCCUGCAAUCCCUUUUGAAAGAAGUCGAAGAGGCCUCGAAACCCUCGAGUUCCUACCCACCGUCCGCCCAGGCGUCGGUCGCUCCGACCGACCAUCCCACCCCUGGUCCUUCUUCGCCUUCGAUCUCUCCUGCCCCCUCCAACCAUUCCUCUCCCGUUUUAUCGUCGGCCACCCCCCCGCCCCAUAUGAGAAGCAGGCCCAUCUCUCCCAUCCAGCUUUCCUCACCAGCCGACUUGUCGUCCCCGCCCUUCUCGCCUGACGUUUCUCCCGCUGGCUCCGCCGAUGCGAAGGUUACGGGAGUCAAGGACUCCUCUCCCAUUCGAGAUAGCGUGGGGCUCCCUCGCCGGCGCAUUCCUCGGGCUGCUAUGCGAUCCCCAAUGGUGCGGUCAUCUGACAACUCGCCAAGCCGCCCUAAACUAUCCCUGGCUGUUAAAUCAGACAUCCAGAAACUGGUCGGGUCAUGGCUCAAGCCGUACUACCGCUCCAAGACCAUCACCAAAGACGAGUACACAGACAUCAAUCGCACGAUUUCUCGCCAAUUAUAUGAUCGAGUGGGUGAUGUAGAAGCCCUUGAACUGGAUGCAAAGUCUGAUUUGGAAAAGACCGCCAAGGAGGCGGUGGAGAAGGCUGUUGGUGGUCUGAAGCAGAAGCAGAGGAUGGAGGAUAGUGACCAAGUGGAUGAUAGUUCAUGA